ACCGGAAUUUAAGUAGAAUGGGCAGCCAAUCCGGGACCGAUGAAUCUCUGGCCAGCCAACGAUGAGCCUAGUUGCUGUGACGCCUCGUCCCUGCUCUCUAUUUUACUUACCCUGGAGAAGUUCGAACUCCACUCAGCGCAUCUUUCCGCCUCUUGAUCUCCUUCUCCUGAGGAACAUGCCCACGAUUGAGCUGGACACCAACUUGCCGUUCAAUCGCGUGCCUGCGGGGCUGGAGAAGCGGCUCUGCGCGACCGCUGCCACCAUUCUGGGCAAACCUGAGAACCGUGUGAAUGUGACGGUGCGGGCCGGUCUUACCAUGGCGCUGUGUGGAUCUACAGAGCCCUGUGCUCAGCUGAUUGUCUCCUCCAUUGGCGUGGUGGGCACUGCAGAGGAGAACCGCGGCCACAGCGCCAGUUUCUUCGAGUUCCUUACCAAGGAGCUGGCCCUAGGCCAGGACAGGAUAAUUAUCCGCUUUUACCCCUUGGAGCCCUGGCAAAUUGGCAAGGAUGGGACAGUUGUGACAUUUUUAUGAUUGGUACUAAGGAUCUAGAGCACCUGCAAGCUUGCUGUCCCUUCCAUGGAAUCAUCCUGGCAGUCAAGGCCUAGUGGAUACCAGCUUCGGAAACCCUUCAUACAAAAUCACUACUGACCUCACAAUCCUUCUCUUCUCCAUGUCAUGUCAAAUAAAUGAAGAGAUCAUUCAAACAUGA